GCAUGCUCCUCUCUCCUGGCCAGAGGCAGUUGCAGCAGAAUGGGCCAAUGGGGAGCGAGCACAGGGAGAGUUUGCUUAAUCAUUUCCCCAAUGGGAAGGAGUUUUGUUUUCUCUGUCUCUUAGGAAACCAGGCUAACUGGUCACUGGAAAACAAGUGUUGGUGCCAGGGCCUCCGGGAGAUACAAGGCAGCCUUCUCAGAGGACAUGGAGACCGUGCGCAUCGCAGUCUUCGGCGCUGGUGUGAUAGGACUGUCAACUGCCGUGUGCAUAUCCCAGAUGGUCCCCGGAUGUUCCAUUACCGUCAUCUCAGACAAGUUCUCUCCCUAUACCACCAGCAAUGUAGCAGCUGGAAUACUUAUUCCUCACACGUAUCCAGACACGCCUGUGCCCACGCAGAAGCAGUGGUUUACAGAGACCUUUCAUCACCUGUCCACAAUUGCCAAGUCUGCAGAAGCCGCGGAUGCGGGCGUUUACCUGGUGUCUGGGUGGCAGGUAUUUCGGAGUGUCCCCACUGAAGAGGUGCCUUUCUGGGCUGAUGUCGUUCUGGGAUUUCGAAAGAUGACCGAGGCGGAGCUGAAGCGAUUCUCUCAGUAUGAAUUCGGUCAGGCUUUUACAACCCUGAAGUGUGAGACCGCUGCCUACCUCCCAUGGCUGGAGAAAAGGUUAAAGGAAAGUGGAGGUCUGCUACUCACCAGGAGAAUAAAAGACUUGUGGGAGCUGCAACCAUCCUUUGACAUCGUGGUCAACUGCUCAGGCCUGGGAAGCCGACAGCUUGUGGGAGACUCCAUGAUUUCCCCUGUAAGGGGCCAAGUGCUCCAGGCACAGGCCCCCUGGGUGAAGAAUUUCAUCCGAGACGGGAGUGGCCUGACGUACAUCUACCCUGGUACAUCCUUCGUAACCCUGGGAGGAACCAGACAGAAAGGAGACUGGAAUCUAUCCCCAGAUGCGGAACUUAGCAGAGAGAUUUUUUCUCGAUGCUGUGCUCUUGAGCCCUCCCUCCACAGAGCCCACAUCCUAAGAGAGAAAGUGGGCCUGAGGCCCAGCCGGCCUGGUGUGCGUCUGCAGAAGGAGAUCCUAGUUCGAGGGGGACAGAGGCUCCUUGUGGUCCACAACUAUGGCCACGGGAGUGGGGGCAUCUCAGUGCACUGGGGCUCGGCUCUGGAAGCCACCAGGCUGGUGAUGGAUUGGAUCCGGACCCUCCGGACCCCAGCUCCUGUUUCAAAGCUGUAACUGACACCAGGCUUCAGCGAAUGACCCCAGGUGAUGGUGGUUCAGGGUUCAUGAUGGGGCCUCAUAAUGUCUCCCCGGCUGAAAAGUUGACUCUGAUCUUUGUUUUCACAAUCAGAAAUUAUACAACACAGUAAACUCAGAAAGCUUGCCACAAACGACAUACGGCACAAAACUCCAUUUUGCUCAAAUAUAUGUUAUUAAAAAAAUGUUUAGCCAGGUGGCAUAUGCCUUUGAUUCCAGUGCUCGGGAUGCAGAGGCAGGCCAAUCUUUGUGAGUUCGAGGCCAACCUGGUUUCCAGAGCGAAUUCAGGACAAGCAAGACUACACAGAGACACCCUGUCUUGAAAAACUAAAGCAAACUAAAACAAAACAACAAAACAAAAACUUGUUAUCUAGAGUAACAUUUGGCGAGGAUCUAAUGCUAAUUUAUAUGAAUGAUAUAAGUGAUACGGAUUUUUGUAUCUUUAAUCCAUAAACCCAUACUAGGAGACAACAUGUGGGAAACACUUGGAUCCCUGUCAGUUGUAGGGUUGUGUGAGAUCCUCUUAGGUCAUAGAGCCAACCAAACAAGCCUUGCGAUCCCUUUAGAUAAGGCUGCACAGUGCGGACCGCCUGUCUUUAACUGGAGACAAAGCAUGGUCCCUUGCGCUGGCAAUGAUGGUAGAAGACGGAGGUGGAGUUGCCUAUGAAAACAUCGCCAGUUUGGGAGCAGCUAGGUGUCUGUCACUGUGUAUGUUCUGUUGUUUCUGGGACCAAACACCCAACAGAAACAACCUAAAGAGUUCGUUUGCUCGCUGUUUUGGUCCACCAUGCCAAGGGAGGGCCCUUUAGAACAGAGCUGUUCGGCUCAGGCCUGUAAGAAAGCAGAGUAGAGGGGCAACAGGAAGUAUCAGGGCCAGGUACAGCCUGUACACGCCCACCCCAGUUUAUGCCUCUUCCAAUCAGCCCCCACUUCCUAUCCAUCUCCCUUCUCCCAAUAGUUCAUUCAGUUCUUGAAUUCCUCCAUGGAUCAAGUCAUUGAUUAGGUCGUUUGUAUCUACCCUCAGCCCCACCCAAAGGGGUGUUUCAGUAAUCAUCUAAGUAAUCCCCCAUCUUGUAAAGCUGACAAUGGGGAUCUACCAUGGCAGUCACCUGGGCUGCGUAUUCCAUUACCACAAAUGACGGAGAGACGGCUGGCUGCACGGUGAAUGAGCAUGGCCGAAGACUGAGUAGUCUGUGCAACCAGAAAGCUAAUUGGCUAAUGGAGAUGGAACAGUCAUUUUAAAUGACAUAAAAUACAAAGUGUUCUUCAUGUUAAGUUAAAGAGUACUGGGGAAGAAAGAACUGUGUCUUGCAGUGAAAUAAGUUUGAGAAUUGCUGAGCUGAAUAAUUUAGUGUGAUUCCCUGACUUAAGUCUGUUCGGAGCCUUUAGCCUGUGCCUGGGCAAUGUGGACCCUCAGGAGUGCUCUUGGCUUAGGAGAAGAUGUACCCAUUCACUGAGAUAAGCAAUCCUGGGGCGUGGAUAUCAUUUAAAUCUGGAGGAAGGUGCCUUUUGUUUCUGAAUAAUCAAGUCUAUCUUGAAGGUAUUUGAGGGAGGUGUGAGAUUAGUCAUACAUACAGGGACAGGGCCGGAGAGAUGGCUCAGCAGUUAAGAUUGCUCACAGCCUCCUAGAACUACAGCUUCAGGGAGUCCAACGCCCUCUUCUGGCCUUCGUAGGUAUGUGCACGCGCGCGCGCACACACACACACACACACACACACACACACACACGCGCGCGCCCGCACACACCUUAGUCAGUGUUCUGUUAGUGUGAAGAGACACCAUGACAACAGCAACUGGAGCUGGCUUAUGGUUUCAGAGAUUUAGUCCAUUAUCAUCAUGGUGGGAUAUGGUGACAUGCAGGCAGAUAUGGUGCUGGAGAAGGAGCUGAGAGUUCUACAUCUGGACCCAUAGAUAGCAGGAAGAGUGAGAGCCACUGGGCCUGACUUGGACCCUUGAAACCUCAAAGCCCACCUCACACUUCCUCCAACAAAGCCACACCUCCCAGCCCCUCCCAGCCCCUCCCAGAUAGUGCCACUCCCUGAUGAACAAGCAUUCAAAUAUAUGAGUCUAUGGGGCCAUUCCUCUCCUUUCACACACACACAUACAUAUAGAUGCACAUACAUGUACAUUAAAUAAAUCUUUAAAGAUUAUUUUAAAAUGCAGAGAUGAGAAGAUUCCCAGCAUAGCUUAUUUUCAUUUUCCUGUUGAGAUUUUGCAUGUGAUUUUGCAUGUGUUUGAAGGAGCGCUAUGCCAAGCCUUCAGAGACUGCAGUAUUUUGAUGAGCUAGGAGCCUUGUUAAACCAAGCAGGGUUAUUUCUAUUAAUUUCCACCAGGGGGUGAUAUUGUAUCAAACUCAAAUGAACUAGACUGGAAAUUUAGAAAUGACAAGAAAUAAAAAGUAGGUAACUCUGUGUGACA